GGAUAUCCGUUCAGCCUUUAAUAUUGUGGGUGUGGCUAUAAUGGCAGGAAUGGCUAGGGCAGAACCAGAUAUGUCAAAUGCAGCAGAAAAGAAACGACAAUCUUACAAAUAUUACAAUCAAAGAUCUCAACUUGAUUUUUAUCCUGAACAAACUGAUAGUGAUGAAGAACCAAAAAGCAAAGCAAUGAUCCAGAAGGCAUCAGAUAUGUCAGGCAUUGAAGACCCUUCGUGUGAUCAUCAUCUAUUAUGGAGGGAAGCACCAAAACGUGUCCUACUAAUGAAGAAGUUCAGAGAUGAAGAGGUUACUGCAACUUUCAAGAAUGUUGCAAAAUGGCUGAUAGAGGAGAUGAAUGCUGUCAUUAUAUGUGAGCCUGCUGUAUUGAAAGAGAAUCUUAUCUGUCAAGAAGAGUUUAGUUCUAUUUCUCGGCAAUUUUUAACAUGGAAAGAUGAAGAUGAAGAUUCUGAAGAAGAAGAUUCUAAAGAAAAAGUGUUGUCAGAUAUUGACAUAAUAAUAUGCAUUGGUGGAGAUGGUACUCUCCUAUACACCUCAUCAAUGUUUCAAGAUGGCACAGCAGUUCCUCCGGUAUUGUCAUUCAACAAUGGCUCCUUAGGUUUCCUCACUCCCUUUCCCAUAACUGAGUACAAAAGCCACAUUCAGAGGGUCUUUAAAGGUAAAGUAAGCAUCACUCUAAGACACAGGCUAAUAUGCGAGAUACGGGCAAAUAAUAAAGUUGCUCUCCCUCUUUCUCCUGAUAAUGAAGACAUAUGUCACGUUGAUUAUUGUAAAGACCAUCCAGUCUCACCUCCUCCUAAUGAUAUGCGAAGAUUAUCAAAGUUUUCGACUAAAGUCAUGAUAAGCAGCCAGGAUAAACUAAAGACUAAAAUGAUGGUGAUGAAUGAGGUUGUGGUUGAUCGUGGCCCCUCCCCUUAUCUGACUAAUCUUGAGUUGUGCUGUAACGGUCGGCCAAUGACAUCAGUUCAAGGAGAUGGUAUAAUAAUAGCUACACCAACUGGAAGUACAGCGUAUUCAUUAGCAGCUGGUGCUUCAAUGGUCCAUCCCAGUGUCCCUUGUAUGCUCAUAUCACCAAUAUGUCCUCACAGCCUCUCAUUUAGAUCCAUUGUAAUACCAGCUGGUGUGGAAAUAUCAGUCACAGUUGCGACUGAGAGCAGGAACUCUGCUUGGGUCUCAUUUGAUGGAAGAAACAGGCAGGAAAUAUUUCAAGGAGAUUGUGUUGUGGUGACCACUAGCUCCUGUCCCGUCCCUUCUGUUAAUAAUACUGGUCACGUGACUGACUGGUUUGAUAGUCUGGCUGAGUGUCUUCACUGGAAUAUUAGGAAGCAGCAAAAGAAACUAUAAACUGUAUCUAUUGUGUAAAUUAUGUCAUUCUGUUUGUUUUUAAUUCAAAAUUUUAACCGUUUCUUUAAUAACUGAUUAU